AGAACCAAAACCGCAAUUAUUGAUCCCCAUCGUCUGGAAACACGGAAGGUGAAACCGCAACCAACGAAAGAAAGGAAAGAAAGGACGGAGGAAACAAUGGUCAAGGCGUCCUUUCCCUAACGGUUUUGAGAGCGACGUCCACGACGAGGAAAGAGCAAACGGGAGGGGGACACAUUCCAGUUGAACACUGCAGCGUCCGGGCACUUCCUUCCCCGCCAAUCAUCAUCUUUCGGGGCACCCAAACCAUGGCCCGGCCCCGGCCCCGGCCCCAGUCCCGACACCGAUCCGGGUCUCGACUAGCGCCGUCACCGCCAAGCAGGUCCGAAACAUUAACAACAUCACAUACCGGACAUCGACGACACCGGACUUCACUCACCACAACCUUCUGCUUGGCUACCCUGGCAGCAGCAGCAGCAGCAGCAGCAACCCCCGUGGCCGCCAUCACGCUUCCCUACACGCCAACGACCAUCCUCCUUUCCGGAUCUCAGUCACUUCUCUCCACUAACUCGGCCAAUCAUGGACUCGCAUACAUCUUCACCCCUAAUGCAGACAACAACGGCGUUGACUUGCUCGCCAUCAACACGUCGUCGACGCUGGAUGCUGAUUCCUUCAAGCCGAUAACACUCACCUCCGGGUUGCCCUUCGUUACCAAGUCGAAAACGAGUGGAUUUGCACCAACGUUGUUAGAGAAUGGUACUUUGGCAGUACUGGCAGGCGAUUGUGCCGCUGGAGGCGCGUCAGGGUAUGGAGAUGAAGAUUCUACUCCCUCGGUAUGGAGUUACGCUCCCUCUUUCGAAAAAGACGGUGAUGCCAAAGGCGUCUGGACGAAACACAGUACCCAACAGAACCUCAAGGGCAGUAUAGGGACAGGACUAGGAAUCCCUUAUCUCCUCGGCUCUUCGCUCUCCUUCUCAUCACAAAUCUACCCCACCAUCUCCGAUCCCGUCAUCUACAUCUAUGGCGGCAUGUGCCCAUUUCCCAACUCGACGGCUUCGACAUGGCAGGCAUCAGCGCACUACUCGAAUCGCAUGCUCAAGAUCUCUUCUCUUUCCUCGGACUCUUCUGUAGCAACACCUUCAACUCAGACCGGCGGUGAUGAGGAUGACGUUGUGGAACCGGGAAACACCAACACCGACGGAGCCGAUUUCACAAUCUCCAACCCCCAAUUGGGCGGUCCUCCCAUUCCGGAAGCCGGCUUCACCUUCACCGCUCUGACACCGAGUAUCACGAACCGAUCAGGCAUCGUAACGCAGCAGACCUCCCAUGUGCUGCUGGGCGGACACACGCAGCAUGCGUUUGUUAACAUGAGCACUGCGGCUAUCUGGAGCCUGCCGGAAGAGACGUGGAGCUUCGUGUCGAUUAAUCCACCUGCGGAAGAACCAGCUGGGUCGUCACCUGGCAGCGGGCAGGCGGAUCUGGUUGUCUUGAACGUACACCAAAAGCGGCCCAAGUUGAAGCAAAAGAGGGGAGUAACGACUGUGGAUAGCAGGUCAGGGCAUACGACCGUGUUGAGUGAGGAUGGAGGCAGCUUGGUCAUCUUAGGAGGUUGGGUAGGGGAUGUGUCCCAACCGGCGGAGCCACAGCUUGUGGUAAUCAAGAUCGGGGCAAGUUACGAUGAUUGGAGCUGGGAGAUCCCGGAGGAAAACCACGCACAAAUAUUUGGUGAGGGAGAGGGGCUCUACGGUCAUGGUGCUGUGGUCCUUCCAGGGAAUGUGAUGAUGGUCUACGGAGGGUGGGAAAUCAAACCACCCAAGGCAGCAUCUUCCGAGACGAAGGUCAAGAGGUGGCUCAACUCCUUUCUGGGUAUCGCUGAUAGCAGCAACCUUGAGAAACGACAGUCGACGACUGCCACGAGUACCCCGAGAUUCUUCAACAUGACGUCUCAGUCCUGGUCGAUAACCUAUACUAACCCGCGACCGGAUGCGAAUGGCAAUCCGACCGUCGAUAUCCCUCCUACUACAAACGGUCCAUCUGAUUCCACCAAAGUUAGCCAAAAUCUCGGACUUACACUUGGGUUGGCACUCGGUCUUGGAGUUCCUCUAGUAGCCAUUAUCUUCGCAGUGCUUUUCUUCCUGUGGCGCCGACGACAACGCCGCCGGGCUCAACGCGAUCAAACCCUUCGCAGCUUGUCCAUGGGCAUGGCCCCCAGUGUCUACGGUACUGGUUUUGGUGGUAGUAUCAGGCACAGCAUCAGUGACUGGGGCGAGAAUCCAUCCAGUUACACCAAUUACGAUAACGAAAUGGCCGAGCAAAGAAGCAGCGGGUUCGGCUUCCAGUUCCCUUGGAACACAAAUAACGACUCGAACGGGCAGGGCACCCGGUCUCUUAGUGGUGGGUAUCAAGUUGUUGGUCAACUAGGUCACUACCAGCCAUCCGGGCCGCCGGCUGCUAAUAGCACCGGUUCCGGAGUCGGCAGGUUGCGCAACGCGAGGGGGCUCUAUAUCCCUACUAAUGGUAUGGACUUUUCACCGCCGCCUGGGAGAGGGAUUACGAAUCCUAAUGGGAUCCACCCCAUCUACGAGGAGGCAGACGAAGAUGACGAGUACAACGAGAAAGAUGGAGGGGAUCUAGGAGCGUCCGGGCGGCUGAUCAGUCCUGAGUAUGACGAUGAUCCGUUCAUCACCCCGGCCGGAAGCAUACUACGGGCAGGAGCCGUGGCUAGCACGUCAUAUCCGCCAACUAGUAGUGGGAGUGGAAGCGGAGGAAGCAUGAACGACGAGAAGUCGAGCCCUGGCUUACCACCACCCGAGGUUCUGUCCUUCUCUCCAAAGCAAGGGCAAGCUCAGGACCCAGAAGUCCGGGGCUGGAAGACUGAUGUGGAUGUGGCGGACGCCGUGCUGGCCGCUAAAAUCAGCCGGCAUGGAUCCGUGACCACCACUCACCGUGCAGCCACCGCUGCUUCGCUCGAGGCUGCCACGCACCAGCCUAUAUUACCUACUAGUGCAGCAACUCGUGUGGUAACAUCACCUCCGCGCCGAGCAUCGAACAAGUCCAAUAAGUCUAGGAGGGCCUCUAACCCACUGAGCAAGAUCAUGGUGGAUACCUCGGACGACUCCCGCGCAAACAGCGACCAUCGCACGGGAAGCAACCUUUCCGACCGGAGCGCAUUCAGUUUCAUCUCGGGCGGGGAGCAUCAACAAGCGGCCCAUCACCAACUCCGGGUAGCGGCCGCAGCAGGAGAGAUUCCCAAGCCAGGCAGUUCUGGCAGCGGCAAGUCUGGCAACAGCGGCAGCAGCCAUUCCCUCGCAGCCUCCUCCGCCUCUAGUGGCUCGCACUCCGGUUCGACAGCCUUCGCAUCUGCUCGAUCCAACCUCCCCACGCCUACUCCAAACUUCAACUCCCUCCAGACCGAGGGCCCUGAUCUUCUUUUUCCUCUGUCCGGGUCAGGCAACAAUGAGCGCCCGGGUGCGGAAGAAGGUGGAGAAAAUCAGGAGUCCGAAGAGGAUUGGGAACCAAUCCCCAGCUCACCAUCCAAAACCCGUCGGAACUCCCGUCUCGACUCCCGUCCGCGCAGCUGGCUGGGCAGCCUUAAGCGGAUGCUCAGCGUCAGCGGAGGGUCGGGCGGGUCUGGCAGCUCAGGUGGCGAUAGCAGUCCGACCAAGGAGAGCUUGUUGCAUGGUAACGAAGCUAGUGGCUUCGAUCACCAUCAUCUCUCUCUGAUCGGCCUCAAUCCCGGCGCGUUGGGCCUGGGACUGGUGAGGAGGAAGCAAGGCCGUGAGGCCUGGGAUAAUAAUGGAGAGGGAUCGUCGUCUAGACAAGCCGCUGGAGGAGAGAAUAACGAGGCCGCGGGAGAAGGAGGUCAGGGAGAUGAGUGGGACGUGGAGAAGGCGGUUGAGGAGCGGUUGGUCCAGGUGAUGUUUACUGUGCCCAAGGAGCGCCUGAGGGUGGUUAAUGCGGAGAUUGAGCGGGAGGAGUCUAUCAUUCUGUGUGAUGUCAAUGACGAGGGGAGCAGGACCAGUAGAAGCGGUACUCCCAGCAGUGUUGGCAAGGGGAAGGGGAAGGAACGGGCCGGGGGACAGACACCGGAUGCUAUCGAAAUCAUUGCCGGUGAGAGCACGAGGAAGAUCUCCGGUGGUAGCCAACACCAGCCCGAGCAUGAGCACAAGUCGGAGUCAGACUCAGAGACCAACCCGAUGCUAACACCUGCAUCAGAAGUCACCGGUCAGGACCAUCCUCAAGUCUACCUUCACCCAACUGGGAGCCCAUCACGCAAACGGACUCCCUCCCCGUUACCUCUGCUGGAUCUGACCCUCCCCUCUCCACUAACUCUCUCCCUUUCGCGUUCUACCUCGCCAUCACUCUCCCUCCAUCUGCCAGAAGCAUCUCAACCUCAACGGCAACUUCAGCCCUCUUCAGGCUCCUCAUCCCUCCAACGUCCCUCUCCGGCCCAAUCCCGCACUACCAUCCGCAAUCAACCAAGCACAACCGGUCUCAAUCCCUCAACACCCUCGUCUGAGGGAUCCGGCUUAACACCAUCAGGAGAACCCCACACCCAAAUCACCCCUUCACCUUCGCCCUCUCCCGAGAAAACCCACGGCCGUGGUCACACCUACACCAAAUCCUACGCCCCCUCCGUCCGCUCAACCUACAGCGUGCACUCCCUCCGGAGCAUAGCAAGCGGUGUAUCCGACGCCGGCACCGCGACGCUGCACGUCGCCGAGGCGAUCAAGAUGGAGAAGGUCUCGCUUUCUUCGGUGUCGGAGGUGCGGUCUUCUGUUGAGCAGUUGGAGGAGCUGCAGCCGCAGCUGCAGCAACAAGCACAGGAGUCGUCGUCACUCGAUUCUGAGUUGCUUCAUUCCCAGUCGCAGUCACAGCCAAUGCUACCUCCACCGCCGCGCCCAACUCCGUCUCCCGGUCCGGGUGCGAUGCCCAGAAGGACGAGAACGAGGGUGUUGGACUUGGUGGAAAAGUUUGAGAGUGUUGGUUCGGCAGGGAGCCGGGAGUCGAGUCCGGCGCCGUCGGCGUCGGUGGUGAGGGGGAAUAGUAGUGGCAGUGUCAGUGGACGGCCGGGGCUAGCGGGGAGGCAGACUGGGAGCUAGGUAAUUACCAGUCGCUUCUCUUAUGGUUAAUGUGUACGAAUUGCAAGAUGAUCCCCUUUUUGUUUGCCGGUUUUGGACUUUUCAGUUUCCAUGGAUUGGCUGGGUUACGGGGUGGUACUAUGGGAUGGUUUACCGAGGCACUUGAUAAGUGCCAUCCUUCUAUCUAUCUACACUACAUUUCCAAAGGCAGGGGAGUUCAGGGUUUUGUUCUUUUUUUUUUGUGUGUGUAGGGAUCAAGCGACAACGGUUGUCCGUCAUCGGUGUAUUAGAGAAAGUUAGAUGUCAUCAGGCGAUGUCUGUACGUUAAUUGGACAGCGAGCGAGCGAGCGAGCGCAUCUUCACAUUUCUCGUUUUGUUAAUUGACUCUUCGCUAACAAAUGCAGAAAGGCGUUAGACCGGACCCGUGAGCCUGGAUGGGCC